AUGGGUGUUCAUUCAUUUUGGGAUAUUGUUGGUCCCACUGCAAGACCAGUUAAACUGGAAUCGUUACAAGAUAAAAAAAUGGCAGUAGAUGCAUCAAUCUGGAUAUAUCAGUUCAUUAAAGCAAUGCGGGAUUCAGAAGGUAAUGCUGUCAAAAAUUCACAUAUUACAGGGUUUUUCAGGAGAAUAUGUAAAUUGUUAUAUUUUGGUAUUAAACCGGUGUUCGUAUUUGAUGGAGGUGUGCCAGCUUUGAAAAGAGAUACCAUCAAACAAAGAAAUGAAGUUAGACAAGGGAAAAGAGAUAGUGCACAAAGAACUGCGAGGAAAUUGUUGGCUUUACAGAUGCAUAAGAAUUCCAACAGUGUUGAAAAUAAAGACCAAAAAAAUGAUACCAGGACACCAGAUAUAAUAUUUAGACCACAGGAUGAUUGGGACUUACCCAAUAUAAAAGGGUUUAAAGUUUCAAAGCAUGACGCCAGAGUUAAUUUAAACUAUGACGAAGAGAAAAAGAAAUGGAAACAAGAUAAUUUAGUGAUGGAAGAUAUAAUUGACGAUUUGGAUUUAGAUUCAAUAGAUCCUACGUCAGAGGCAUUUGAAGAAUUGCCAAAAAAUCUUCAAUACCAACUAUUAUCUAAUCUUCGUUUAAAAUCACGAUUAAGAAUGGGUUAUUCCAAGGAACAAUUAGAGAAUGUUUUUCCUGAUAGUUUGAAUUUUUCAAAAUUUCAGAUUGAUAUGGUGAAGAGAAGAAAUUAUUAUACCCAAAGAAUCAUUAAUAUGACGGGUUACCAUGAUGGUGGUGCUUCUAAACUUAAUGAUGAAACAAUUAAUAGAAUAUCUGGUCAAAAGGAUAGAGAAUAUAAGAUAACAAAAACUGAAAAUGGUUGGACCCUUGGAUUAGGUGAAUAUGACGGUUCAGAAGCCAAAAAAGCAAUUUUACUUGAUGCUGAAAAUCAAGGUUCAGAAAUUACGAAGAUGAUUGGGAAUUCUGGCUUAAAUCAUAAUAAUGAUAAUGAUAUAAGGGAGGAAGACGAUGAAGACGACGAUGGAGGUGAUUGGGAGGAUGUAGCAUUAGAACCAACCAACAUCAAAGACUCAUUUGAUUAUUCAUUAAAAGCAGGUCGGUUGCCAGAACUUGAUAAAACCUCCCAAGUAGUUGGGAGUCAAGCAUUUUUGGAUAAAGUACCUAUGGAACAAUCUCCAAUUAAGAGAGAUAGGCUUACUAAAACUUACAAAGUAAAUGUUGCUGAUGAGGAUGGCGGCAACAGCGAAGAUGAUGAGGAUGAUGAGUAUACGAAACAAUUUGAAGAGAUUGAGAUGAUGGAAGCCUUUCAGAAAUCAAAGCUUGAACAAUUUCAAAGAGAGAAGGAAAGAAAAGAACAACAAGAAAAAUUAGAGAAGAAACAAGAACAAAAAAAGAUGACAGAGGAAGCAUUGAAAAAACAUCAAGAUAAUCUAGAUAAACAACAAGAGGGCCAAAAUUUUCAUAAAGAAACUGAAGGUGAACAAAAUUUGAGAAUUAUUUUAGAAAAGACAAAUAAUUCAACUGUCUUGAAUGGUGAUUCAUUUUUAUUCGGUGGUUCAUCGUUUUCUAAUGAAAAUAAAGAAGAUCCACUAGAUAAUCCUUUAGUUGAAAAGUCUAUUCCUGAAACACCGAGUUGGUUUGAUAAUAACGAUCGUACAAAUUUACUGUCCGAAACAAGUGUAGCAAAUCCAUUUGCAAAUACUAAGUUCGUUGAUGAUAAGAUAGAAACUAAAAAUAAAGUAGAUGAGAAGGGAGAUUGUCAUAAAUAUGACUUAGUGACAGGUUCAAAUGCAAAGCAUUUAUUAGAUGAACAAAUUAAACUGCGAGGUAAGGAUACUGUGGAAACAGAAAUUGAAAGUAAAAAUGAUAGUAUAUUGACUGGUGAAAUAAUAACCAUAUCAGAUACUUCUGAUUCGGAAUUGAAUACAGAGGGGACCAAUGCCAUUGAUAAAAAUAAAGAAGAAAACUAUCAUAAUGAAAAUACAAUGAAUACUUUUAGUGUAUCGACUAAACCAAUUCGAACUGACAAUAUUAAGCCAACGAUAUUUGAUUAUGAAUUUUCAGAAGACGAAGAGAAUGAUAUCGCUGAAAACAUAAGACAGGAAGAAAAGGAUUUUAAUACUUUUAGAAACGCCAAUUUAUUGAAUAAUUAUCAACCCGAUAAAGACGUCGCUAAUAGUGCAUUCUUAGAGGAUGAAUUGUUUAAACAGCAAGUGAAGGAAAAGAGAGAUUCUGAUGAAGUUACUCCAGAUAUGGUGACAGACAUUCAAGAUUUGUUAAGUCAAUUUGGUAUUCCGUUCAUUACGGCACCAAUGGAGGCUGAAGCGCAGUGUGCUGAACUUUUAAGAUUAGAUCUUGUAGAUGGAGUUAUUACAGAUGAUAGUGAUGUCUUUUUGUUUGGAGGUACUAAAAUUUACAGGAAUAUGUUCCAUGAUAGAAAGUAUGUAGAAUUUUACGAUUCUGAGAGGAUCGCUAUAGAUCUAGGUCUAGACAGGAAAAAUAUGAUCGAUUUGGCAUUAUUACUCGGAAGUGAUUACACUACAGGUCUUAAGGGUAUGGGACCCGUUUCUAGUAUGGAAGUUAUUGCUGAGUUCGGUGAUUUGACAGAAUUCAAACGAUGGUAUGAUGAAGGUCAGUUUGAUAGAGAAAAACUUUCAAAGGAGAAUAAAUUUGAAAAGGAUUUAAGAAAGAGAAUGGUGAAAAACAAUAUAUUAUUGGAUGCUACCUUUCCAAGUGAAUUAGUUGUGGAUGCGUAUGUAAACCCUGAAGUUGAUCAUGAUACAACCCCAUUGGUGUGGGGUUAUCCUGCUGUCGACAUGCUUAGAACUUUCCUGGAAGAUCAUUUGGGGUGGACACAAGAAAAGACAGACGAGAUUUUACUGCCUCUGAUCAAGGAUAUUAACAACAGAAAAAAGAAUAAACAAAGAUCUAUCACCACCUUUUUCCCUACUGAAUAUAUAACCAGCAACAAGCAAGUCGCAAAUGGUGGUAAGAGAAUCUUAACAGCCACAUCUAAGUUGAAAAAAAGGAAAACUAAGUGA